AUGCUGCUCCUUACCCUCUCCUGUUUAGCCUCCCUGACCAGCAGUGCCCACCCAGGGUGUGGCCUCCGACCGUCCUACGAGUCCCUGCAGACGACUGGAAAGAGGAUUGGCACAGGGACAGACGUCAAGCCUGGGGAGUUCCCGUGGCUCGUGAGCAUCCAGAGCCAGGGCAAGCACCUCUGUGCAGGCUCCAUCAUCAGUGCCCUGUGGAUUUUAACUGCAGCCCACUGCUUUGCAGACGAGCUGCCAGCAGAUCUGACAGUGGCAGUGGGGGGAGUCGACCUCAGCCUCCCCCUGGAAGAGCAUAGCCCUGACAGCCUGAUCCUGCACGAGGAAUUCAACAGGACCAGCCUGCAGAAUGACAUUGCCCUGAUCCUGCUCAGCAAUCCCAUCGAGUUCAGCAAGGAGAAGAUGCCAGUCUGCCUGCCCUUUGUGUGUGACACGGACACGUGGCAGCACUGCUGGGCUGCUGGCUGGGAGAACUCGAGUGCAGGGGAAAAAUGCCUGCAGCAGAUCCCUCAACUCGUGGGGAGCGUGGUGUGUGCUGAGACAGAGCAAGGAGGAGGAGGAGGAGGAAGAGGAGGCUGCAAGGUGGACAGCGGGGGACCCCUGGUUUGCAGCUACUGGAACACCCUGAAGUGGUUCCAGGUCGGCAUCACCAGCUCAGGGAAGCCAAACCACAGGAUUUUAACACCUGUCUGCAGCUACCAGGAGUGGAUUGAGAAGGAAACAGCCAUAAGGGGAAAACCUUUCCUCACCGAGGGUGUGGACAAUGGGGCACAUCUCAGGGUUGCUCGUUCCAGGGCUGGAACACAGGUGGUGUUUUUGGAGCAUUGUCUCCUUUUAUUCAUCUUUUUAAUAGCAGCUGGAUUACCCUGA